AUGUCAGACUGGUCCGGCCAGAGCCACAGCCUGUCCUGCGACAAGUUUGGCGACAUGUCCUGGAUGCCCCUCGACAACGCCUCCGAUCCAUUGGUGGGCCCAAACCAGGGCUUCUCCAUGGACCUGUGCUCGCAACAAUACGACAUGCCCUUGCAACCGUUCGACACAAUGCAGUUCAACACGCUGGUUCCGGUCGAGCUCAACACUGCCAUGAUCGACGAUGCCGCCUCGAGCAUACACUCCUGGCCCAACUUGCCGUCCCGCCUGCCGGGCGCAUUCUCCGAUGCUGCCACCGCCUCUACGCACACCAGCCCGGACAACUUCGGCACCGAGCCAUCCUCGUCAAGGCGGCAUAGCUACCAUCAGGUGCCGCAAAACAAGACCAAGUCGCCAGCCACCCGUUCAAAAUGGAGAGCCAGCUCGUCGGCAUCAAAAACUCAAGCAGCCACCACAACGUCCCCUUUUAACAACGCCAGUCCCGGUGCCUCAAUAAUCUCCACCACCAAGAACACCAGGAGCAAGAAGAAUACGAGACGCGAGAAGAACAGGAGGGCCGCGACAAAGUACCGCAACAAGACCAAGAAGGGCAUCGAGGAGCUGCGGGAGAUCGAGAGGCAGCUCUCGGAGAAGAACAGAACCCUCAGCGCACACGUCGACUGCCUGCGCAACGAGAUCCUGUCGCUCAAGACAGAGAUCCUGCGGCACGGCACCUGCGAGAGCCCGCUAGUACACGAGUACAUCAUGAAGGCGGCCAAGCAGCUGUGA